AUGGCGCGGAUCGCAGAGACUAUGCAGGAGCGAGGGCAUCAAGUUGUAAGUUGAUUUUGUUGGUUUUCACGUGAUUUUAGAGACGAAACCUCAUGGAUAAUAUACGAAUUUUUGAGUUGUUGAUGGAAACAGGGGUUUUUUGUAAAAUAUCGGUUGUUAUGGCCUACGGACACUGCUUUAGAUUAGUUUUACAUAAUAAACCCUGUUUUUUACUGUUUGCAUUCAACCUUAUACUAGACAAAAACUAUUGAAAAAUUGUUCGUUUCAGCUCCGUAAUCUUAUUGUUUUCUGUUUCAGGACUUUGUCUACGCUCCAAUUAACACGUUGGUCAACUAUAAAUUCAAGAAUCUUAAUGUUACUACACUAAUUUUUCCCAAUAUCCACGAAACGACCAAACUAUUGACAGAGACAUCAAUGUAUGGCGAUGUCUUCCAGGGUUACCACAAUGUCCUUGGCAAGGAUACUGUGAAGACUGUGGGUGGUCUCUUGAGAAUCUAUUGUUAUGGUUAGUUAUAUCUUUUGAGAUCAGAUUUCUAGUGUAAUAUCGGGCGGCUUUGAGAGCGUCGGGUUUGGGUCGUACAGUUGAUGUUUUGUGUUUUAGAGCUGAUCAACCAUCCGCAGAUGCAGAUCAUCGCCCGGCAGCGCUAUGACGGGCUCUUCACGGAGGCAUUGGACGCUUGCGCGAUGGGCGUGGGUCACUUGAAUAAUAUCCGCCCGACGUUUGUGCUGUCGCCGUUGCCGAUGUAUGAGGCGCCGUCCUAUUCUCUCGGAAUUCCUUACAACCCAAACGUCCUUCCUGGUAAGCUUUUACCCUUUUUUUGCACUUGAUUUUUAGACUUCUAUCAAUUUUACCUUCAAGUUUGUAUCAAGUUUAUGAAAACUUGGUGUCUUAGCCAAGAGUGCGCGAAAAAUCUUUAGAAAUUGCUCUCGAGAGACAGUUUACAGUGUGAUAGAACUCUCGAAAACCCCCGAACAGUUUUGUUACAGAGUUUGUGCCCUAAAAGGCGGGUUCCUCUUGAUCACCCAGCACACGUGUGGUUUAUGCUCAAUUAUCGCCGAAAACGCGAUUAAACACCAAAGAACUUUUCUAUCUACCGUUUUUCAGUGAUGAACAUGGCUCCACCCAGCGGGAUUCACAUGAAUUUCAUGGAGAGGAUAAGGAAUUUGUACUAUUACUACGACUCCGCCAUCACCUCUCGGACCAAGCUUGCGGAUUAUCUGUUCGAGUUGGUUGCCGACAAGAAUCUUCCACCUCCAGAAGAUCUUGUUCGAAACGCCGCCUUGUUCAUUCAGAAUACGAAUGAAUUUGUCGAUUUGCCAAAGGUUUUGAGCUCAAAACAAGUCCUGGUUGGAGGAAUUGGCAAUGGGAAAGUGAAGAAGCUGGAAAGUGUAAGUUUUUCGACAUUCUUGUUGGUUUUUAGGCCACUCAAACCAUCACAGGGUCAGUCUUGCCAUUUAAUAAAAGUUCAGGAGGGCUGCUUUGUUUUGGACUCGGAAUUUAUAUUACACUAGACAUCAAGUGUGUAUUUAGAUGUGGCGAUCUGAGGAAUGCCCUUUUUGUCGAAUGUAUGAUUUAAUUAGUUGCUUUACGAGUUUGUUGAAGUGUUGAACUCAUUUUUAUCUUCUUUGACAUUCCAAUUAUGGGCAAAGUUUAUCUUGCGCUUAGUACACCUAAAUCAAUAUAAAUUCUGUGCGUUUUCGUAAUCUUACGUGAUUUUCAGCCGAUUCAAGACAUCAUUGACCUUUCGCAAGAGGGAAUCGUCUAUUUUUCGUUUGGAUCAUUGGCAGAUAACACAAAAAUGCCACAAAAUGUUCGAAAAGCGUUUGUCGAUGCCUUCGCCGAGUUUCCGGAGUACCAAUUUAUAUGGAAGUUUGAUGAUAUUCUCAUGUACAACGUCUCAAAUGUACAUACAUUCAGCUGGGUGGAUCAAGUUUCAAUCUUGAGUAAGGAUUUUUUAUUUUUUUUUUGUUUUCUUUUUUAGGUAUUCAUUGGAUAGAAUAAGGUUAAAAAUUACGAUUCUACUGUCUAAAUUUGCAGACCAUCCCAAGACAAAAGCGUUUAUCACUCAUUGCGGCCUCAACAGUCUGAAUGAAGCAGCCUUUGCGGGUGUUCCGAUGUUAUCCAUCCCCCUGUUUGGUGAUCAGACCUUCAAUACGGCUGUUGUGAAACAUAUUGGAGUUGGAGUGGCCCUCAGCAAGCUUGGUUUGACCAAGGAGAGCAUUGUCGAAGCGCUGCGUGAAGUGUUGUACGAUAAAAAGUGGGUUUUUUGAGGGUUUUUGUCAUAAGACGGCCUAAAGUAAUAUAAUUUUUUUUGAAAUUUUUAUGUUUUUAGAAUCCACGAAAAGUCGACGAAUCUCAAGAAAAUCCUCCAUUCGGUCACCUCACCCAAGGAUCGCCUCAUCCAGGCCGUGGAAAUGGCGACGGAGUUCCCCGAAGUUUAUGAAAACCUGAAACUUCCGACCGCUGGAUUGUCUUUAAUAACCUACUUCUCGAUUGAUCUCAUCAUCUACAGUGUUCUCAUCACCCUAACGAGUAUUUUAACUAUUUAUUUUUCAUAUCAAAUCGUUUUUUAUCAGCUUUUUUCAAAGUUUUUUGUUAAUAAGGUCAAGAUGAAUUAG